AUGGCUUACGGUGCUGGUGACUACGACUCGUCGCGUCGCACUGAUUACGGUGGUUAUUCCAACGGUUAUGCUAGCGGUGGUUACUCAAAUGGUAACUCAAACGGAUAUGCUGCUACGAGCGGGUAUUCGAAUGGCUCCUACGGCGGCAGCGGAGGCGCUGGAGGAUACGGAGGGGGCUCCUACGGUGGUGGUGGUGGUGGUGGUGGCGACAAAAUGUCAAAUCUUGGUGCAGGCUUGAAGACACAACAUUGGGACCCCGCCACUAUGCCAAAGUUCGAAAAAUCGUUCUACAAGGAAGAUCCGAACAUCACUGCUAGAUCCUCACGUGAGGUUGAUGAAUUCCGCCGAAAGCUCGAAAUCACGGUUCAAGGAAAAAAUGUCCCGCGACCUGUAGAGACAUUUGACGAGGCGGGUUUCCCUGGCUAUGUUAUGUCUGAGGUAAAAGCCCAAGGUUUUAGUCGUCCGACUGCUAUUCAAUCCCAAGGCUGGCCGAUGGCGCUCUCUGGUCGCGAUGUCGUUGGCAUCGCCGAGACUGGAUCUGGAAAGACGCUCACCUAUUGCUUGCCCGCUAUUGUUCACAUCAACGCACAGCCUCUCCUUGCUCCUGGAGAUGGUCCCAUUGUGCUCGUUCUUGCACCUACUCGAGAGUUGGCUGUUCAGAUUCAGCAGGAAAUCACAAAAUUUGGCAAGUCGUCGCGUAUUCGAAACACCUGCGUUUAUGGUGGUGUCCCCAAAGGGCAACAGAUUCGUGACCUCUCUCGCGGCGUGGAGGUUUGCAUCGCUACUCCGGGUCGUCUCAUUGACAUGCUUGAAUCUGGCAAGACUAACCUCCGUCGUGUGACGUACCUUGUCCUUGACGAGGCUGAUCGCAUGCUUGACAUGGGAUUUGAGCCUCAGAUCAGAAAGAUAAUUGGCCAGAUUCGACCUGAUAGGCAGACAUGCAUGUGGUCUGCUACAUGGCCCAAAGAAGUUCGACAGCUUGCUUCUGACUAUCUCAAUGAUUACAUUCAGGUUAACAUUGGCUCCAUGGACCUGUCGGCUAACCACAGAAUUGUUCAAAAAGUCGAGAUUGUAUCCGAGUUCGAAAAGCGUGAUCGCAUGACUAAGCACCUCGAGGAGAUAAUGAACGAUCGUAGCAACAAAGUACUCAUCUUCACAGGUACAAAGCGUGUCGCUGACGAGAUUACACGAUUUCUUCGCCAGGAUGGUUGGCCUGCUCUCUCUAUUCACGGCGACAAGCAGCAAAAUGAACGUGAUUGGGUUCUCAAUGAAUUCAAGACUGGCAAGAGUCCGAUCAUGGUUGCUACAGACGUGGCAUCUCGUGGUAUUGACGUCCGGGACAUAACUCAUGUGUUCAACUAUGACUAUCCGAACAAUUCGGAAGACUACGUUCACAGGAUUGGGCGAACUGGACGUGCAGGAAAAAGCGGAACUGCCAUCACCCUCUUUACCACUGACAAUGCGAAACAGGCCCGUGAUCUUGUCAACGUGUUGACAGAAUCUAAACAACCAAUCGAUCCUCGUCUCAUGGAGAUGGCUCGCUACAGCGGAGGCGGGAGUGGUGGCGGCCGUGGUUAUGGCGGUGGACGUGGUCGUGGCGGAGGAAGAGGUGGUGGUGCUGGCUUCACAGCGUCAAAUUCGGCACCCCUUGGCCGGAGCAGAUGGUGA